CACCAAAAAAUCUUCUGUUAUUAGUCCCUUUUAAAUUAUCUAGUUUUGUCCAUAGAUGUGUAAGAAACAGUUGUUUAAUUGAAAAAUAAUUGAAUGUGAUGAAAUGUGUUGUUGGAGAUAUAAUGGAAAGUAUAUUUUCUCUGAUAUUUAUAUUUGUGAAAGUGUAUCAGUUAGUGGUUGACAUUGUUGUUCAGACAAUAAUUAUGGUCAUUGUAAUUAUCAUUCUGCAUAUGUAAAUGCUCAGAUUGAUUUGGAGAGAGUAAAUAUAUCUGUGUAAAAGCCUGUUAAUCAUUAUUUACUUCUGUACAAUAAUUGUUUUCUUGGUAUAUUUCAUUUGAAUGUUUAACUUUUUUUGUUUGAAGUUCUUGGAAUUGAUUUCCUACAAUAUUGUUGUCCAGCCAAUAAUUAUGCUUGUUGAAAAUAGACAUAGUUAUUUACCAGUAUGCUUGCUGAAUGUAGACAAUUAUUAAGUGUGAAAAUAAUGCAUAAGAUCUGGUAGAGUCUAUAUAAUUUUUAUGAUUUUUUUUUCUUCAGAAAAAUCAAUUGAAAUCAAGUGAAAAUAUGCUUGGAAUUUCACUUAAACAUAUUUAGAACUGGUAUAGUUGUAUACAGUAUAGUCCAGUAGGACUAGCUCAAGUUAUUGCAUAAACUUGCAUAAGUAACUUAAUUAAAAAUGUUAAAAUAUAUUUAAAUGUACAAAAAGAAACAUGUAAAAUUUGUGGUAGUCCAAAUAUGCAAAAGUAAAUAUAAUUCUAGGACUUUAAAUAGGAAAAUGUAAUUAUGCCAAAAUAGUACCGUUCAGCCUGUUGAGACGACAGCGAUAAAAAAGCAGACGACUGGGCCGUUUAAUGAUAAAAAAUCAGUGUAGUUUACACGCUUUUCGGAAUGAAAAUCAAAAAGCGCCCGCUAUUCAUAACAUUUAAACCAGUCUAAAUAUUCAGCCAUUGAGGCGCUUGUAAAGCGUUUUACAAGAGGCGCUUGUCAAGCGUUGUACAACAUAGAUUUCAAAAUGGCGGCGCCCGCUAACUAAGGAUUUUUUCGCAGCUCAUUAGGUUUGGGAUAUAUAUUUUUUUGAAUUUUUCAUUAACUUUUAAUUUGAUUUCUUUUGAAUUGAUACGCGUCAUACAUGUUAUCUAAGAGCGCUACAGCCCUCGCGGGGCCUUCGGCCCCGCUCGGACUUUCCGCGUAUUAUCAAUAUCCUCAGAUAUUCAGUUCUCGAUAUAAUGGAAUUCCCGAUAGAGUAAAUAAUCGCGUGUUUUUUUCACGAGUUUGACGUCAUUUGACAAGGAAACCUCCAAGUCAACACUGUGUAUUCAGCUGCUUCAAUAAAAACUGUUUUCACGGUAAAAAUGUUCAGGAUAAAGCUUACUCAACCUGCAGAUAGGUCAAGACUACGGCUAUGGUCACCAACUGCUAUGACAUCAGCUUAUAAAAUGGUGAAAGAUGAAGGAAUUCCAGUAUAUAGAGCUGCAAAGCUAAAUGGAGUUCCUCUUACUACUUUGAGAGACCGGGUUGAUAAUAGAAUAUCAAUUGAUUGUGUCAAAUCAGGACCCUGCCCUGUGCUUUCUUUAGAUGAAGAAGCUAAAUUGUGUGAACACUUAAAAGAUCUUGCUUCUGUUGGAUAUGGUUACACGAGGGCUGAAGUAUCAAUUUAG